AAGUUUUGUGUCACUGGGCGUGUGUUUGCCUGUGUGUUUGUGCGUGUUUAUGUGUUUGCAUGUGUGUGUGCAUGGGCUGUCUCCUUGACAUAUACUGCAAGCUAAAGUGCUUCCAGAGCAACUGAAGCAGCGGAAGUGGAGCAAUCUUGACAGAAUCUCCAGCAAACUAAAGGAUACACACAAAGAGUCAGAUCUAUGUCGCAGUCAAGCCAGUCAACCCCCAAACCGGCACCUCAGGUCUCUACUGGGAGCACUGCACAGUUUGAGAAGGCACCUUCAGGAUCCACCAUGACCACAAAGCCCGGGGUAGUUACCAUGGCAGCGGGCGGGGCCACAGGGAGUGGUGUGACAGCAGGAACAGCUGCUAAAGCUGGAACUACAGGAAAGGAUUCGCCUAAAGCCAAACCAGAGGCUUCUCUGGGCUCUCAAGUCAAAGCCUCAGUCCAUCCUCCUGCUGCUGGAACGGCUGCCACCACAGCAGAGACCAAACCUAAGGACACAGCUAAGAGCACAACUGCGACCACAACAGUCCAAGUCGAUGCCGGUAAAACGUCCAAGCCAGCUGCAGCAGCUGCGGCUGGAAAUGUUUCAGCUCAAGCGAAGAAGGAAGACACUAAGCCAGCACAAACGAAGGUGCAGGUGAAGGUUCCUCCCACGACAGCCAAAGCAUCAGCAGCCAAACAGGCCCCUGCUGCGGAUCCGCUCGAUACCCUGAGCAGCACGCUACCCUCGGCUGAUUCUGUCGCUCCCUCACGGCCCGCUUACACAGGGCCGGAGGUCGUGGAGCAUGACACCUUUGAAACAGUGGAGAAGUGUGGAGAAAGAGACGACACGCUGCCUCCAGGAUACAGAUGGGGAGAGAUGCCUCCAGCCCCUGCAGAUGCAAAACCCAAGGAUGUUCCUAAACCACUGAGCACAGACGAAGCGCUGGAUUCCCUUUCGAUGGGUUUUACAUCCACUGCUCCAUCGGCGCCCAAGAAGCAGGAAAAAGCUGCUGCAGCUCCUGCAGCUGCUCCUCCUGCUGAUAAGAAAGCCAGGAUGGACAAAACCUCAGAUGAGUUCUCAUUGGACGCUGCAGUUUCCUCUCUUCCCUCCAAGAAAACCGUUCCUCCUAUAGCUGUGUGCCCCGGUAUGGUCAGCGCCCCGCUCAAGUCCGACAAGGGCGAGUCGAUCCCUGUGGAUGCUCUCGGUGCUCUGGAAGACAUGUUGGGACCAGCUGAACCAAAACCGGAACCUCCCAAACUCAGGCCUGAAGAUGUCGUAAAGGAGGCAAACAUCAAGUCGGAGGUGGGUGUUCGCGUAGGAGAGAGGGAGGACACGCUCCCUCCAGAUUACAGGUUUAAGAAGGAGGAGUUAAAAAACCUGCCUGCUCCUAAACCUGAGCCGACUUUGGGAACCGGAGAAGCUUUGGACAUUUUAUCUGGAGACUUCACCACCCCGUCAGCAGCAGCUAAAGUCCAGGCUCCGGUGGUCACGCCUUCAGCUGCUCCCGCACAGAAAGCGCCCCCUGCUGUCAAGAAAGCGCAACCAGAAAAAGGUCCUGCUGACCUCUCUCUGGAAGCUGCUGUGUCCGCUGGCAGUGCGCAGAAAGUGGAGUCCUCUGGAGUUCCUCCUGUUUCUGGGAAGAAGCCUUCAGCAGGAAAGUCUGGCCCCGUGGAUAAACCAAAGAGUGAUCAGGGCGGCAAAAUGUCUCUGGAUGCGCUCAGCGCUCUCGUUGACACUCUGCCAGAAGACAAACCGAAACCAGAACCUCCCAAAGUCAGGCCUGAGGAUAUCGUCUCGGAAGGCAAAGUAAAGGAGGAAAAGGGCGUGCGGGUUGGAGAGAGGGAGGACACACUUCCCCCGGGUUAUAGGUUUAACAAAGAAGAGCUCAAAAACUUGCCCGCUCCAAAACCAGAGCCCAAAAUUGGGACUGGUGAAGCUCUGGACUUUUUGUCUGGAGAUUUCACAACCUCGUCUUCAGCUGCUCCUGUCCAGGCUCCAGUUGUAAAACCCUCAGCUCUUCCAGCACAGGCAAAAGUGGAGGAUUUGGCUGCUUUGGAAAGUCUUGAUUUUGUGGCUCCAUCUAAAGCGUCCGGAGUCCACGCACCUGUUCCUCCCCCUGCAAAGAAAACUCCAGAGAAGACUGUCCAGAAGAGCGACUGUCCCCAAGCUGUCCAGAAGAAACCAGAGCUAGCAAAGGGGGACUCCAUCUCUCUGGAUGCUCUCAGCGCUCUUAGCGACACACUUCCAGAGGACAAGCCAAAACCCGAGCCCCCCAAACUCCGACCUGAAGACAUCGUCUCGGUGGGCAAAAUCAAGAAAGAGAAGGGUGUGUUUGUGGGUGAAAGAGACGACACGCUGCCUCCAGAAUACAGGUUUAACAAGGAAGAACUUGAGAAACUGCCCGCUCCCAAACCGGAGCCCACCAUGGGAACCGGAGAGGCUCUGGACAUUUUGUCAGGAGAUUUCACAUCCUCCUCUGUAGCUCCUGUCAGCCAGGCUCCUGUCGGCCUCCCAUCUGUCCCUCCAGCACAGUCGUCUGGUGCCGCCCUGGAUGCCUUGGCGGGAGAUUUCGUCGCCUCCUCUGCAGCUCCGUCUGUAAAAUCUGCACCUUGCGCUGCAGCGGAUGCCGACAUACCGUUGCCGGCAGAAGCGAACAGCGCCCUCGACGUUCUGUCCAACACGCUAAAGGACGUCGCCCCCGCUCCGCAGCCUGCCCCCGUUCCCGCCAAGGACGUCGUCAAGGAGAAAAAGAUCGUCGAAGAAAAGUUGGCUAAGAUGGGAGAAAGAGACGACACUCUGCCUCCGGAGUUUCGGCCGACUAAGGAAGACCUGGAGAAACGACCAGUGGAUAAAGCUGCAGCAAAACCCAAGCAGGAGUCUAUGGAUGACCAAACCGCCUUGGACCUGCUGUCUGGGGAUUUCUCUGCACCUCCUCAGGAUUCUGCUCCGGUCAACACGGCCACAACAAAACUGGAGCCUCCUGUGCUGGACGCAAAACCGCAGAAGCCGAUGGCUGCUCCUGCCCUGGACUCCCUGGCUGACACACUGACCCCAGACGCCAUAAAGGCCAAAUCCAAAACAGACAAGCCGAAGGGCAAGAGCAAGUCAAAGUCAAAGUCUAAAAAACAAGACGCCCAACCUGCCGCUGACGUGCUCUCGGCUCAGCUGAGCUCGGAUGUUGUGCCCACGUCUACAAAGAAGGGAGGCAAGAGCUAGUUCACUUGGUUGUGAGUGGAAUUCCUCCGCCAGACCACAGGGACACAUCAGUGAGGGAGCUGCUUUUCGCAUUUCGAUUCUAUUUUUCUAGCUCAUCAAGAAUGUCUAGUAGUUGACCAACAGACUUGGACACAGCCUAAAACACUUGCUCAAAAAAAAAAAGAAAAAAAGCCCCACACACAAACAUAUCUGCGAGCACCGACUUAUUUUCCGUUACAAGAUGUCAAAAAACCUUCUUGGUUUCUGUCUUUGAGGGCGGGGGGAAUGGAUCUGAAGAGACUUUUAACAUCAAAAUGGGUCGAAAGAACGAGAGAGAACGAAGAAACUGUUUGGAAACAAAUGCAGGAAACCUUUAACCUUAAAGUCCUGCAUCUCAGCUGGCGUGACACCUGAACGUCGUGAGGCAACACUUGCGUACGCUUAGGUUGUGUGGGAGCACUGCGGGGCGAGAGUUUUGUGUUGGGAUGUACGUGCAAUCUUGAUGUACACGGAAAAAGCCAAGUUGCCUAUCGAGUUGUGGUUGGAUGCUAUGGAGAACACUAGUGUACAGCUCUGUGCGUGUGUGUGUGUGUGUGUGUGUGUGUGUGUGUGUUUUAACCAGUUUACAUGUUUAGGACGUCCAGGAGGUGUCGAGCUUAUUUCUGUACCUUGGAGCUUUUUGCAAAUUCUUCUUCUGUUUCUGCAAACAAAUGUCUGUUUAGAGAAGGGUAUUUUAGUAUGUUUCUUAUUAUGACAAAAAAAAAAAAACAAAAAAAAACUUUGGCAUUCACAAGUGUACUUAGUGAACUGAUACGUUUACAAUGUUUGUGAAGUGCUGUCGUUCACAUGCUGUAAAAAUGGGGAAAAAAAGGCUUUCUGCUCUUUUGAGAAGAACACUGUUUAAUUUACAGAGGGUUGCUUCUCUUUUUUUUCUAACCAAAUAAAUCAUAUUAAAGAAAAUGCAAA